GAUUUGAAUUUCGAUAAUUUUUCACAAAAGUGAGGUUAUGUGUAGAUUAGUUAUUAAUGUACUUUGUUUCUAAUUUUAUUAUUAAUUCUGAGUUAAUAUCCUUAACUAAACUUCAAUGAUGUAUUUUUCAAUCAGUUUCUUACUAAAAGUGUGCCUUAUAUCUCAGUGUGUAGUUGUUUUCAAGCUCUCAGAAGCCAGCAAAGAUAUAGGUUUUAAGAGACAAGUGUUUGAAAAUGUAGUUACUGAGAUAGAAUGUUGCAAAUGCAAAGAAAAAAUCAAAGUAAAUCCAUUUGACAUGUUGAACUACAUUCAUGGAGCAAAAACCAUGAAGGAGGAAGACGGGAAACCUCCACAUUUGAAUGCAGAACCAUUUCAACCCUCAGACGCCAUUCAAAUCCAGUCCAAACUUUACUUUCAAAGAUUUGUAAAUCUACUACUGCUUGCUUCAGGUUUAAAAAAUUUUAAUAUGGAAAGCAGCUACAAGAUUGUCAGCAUGGAAUUUAAUAUCACUUACCAAGAUUUGAAGUUGUUGCAAGACUUUGCAAAUAAAGGAACCAUAAAUUUGGAGAGAAUUGAUGGCGUCUUGUCAAGAAUUUUAAGACAGAAAAACGUGAAAACAACUCAUAAAAGAGAAAGGAUUUCUUGCUGACGUUGAUUUCGUCUACUACUCAAAAGUUGUCCUGACAUUUUUAGCGACUUUACCUGUAGACUAUCCAAUGGUUUGCAUAGCAUGCUUUGUCAGUAUGGUGUUCAUUGUAACAGUAAGACAUAUGAGAAGAUAUACUCUGUUCUAUUCCAUAGUUCUGAUGUUGUUCAUAAUAUUUUGCGCUGGGUUUGGAUGGAACUGGCUGAGAAUGAUCAAGGAAGAGGAAGCUAAAAUAGCAUCAACCUAUGCACUGCAUCUAAAUCAGCUGCCUAUUCAUUGUAGACCUCAUGAUAUGACCUGGCUGGAUAGGAUUUGGUAUUAUUCCUACGAGAAAGACUGUGAGAAAUACUUCAAGGAGAUCUCAAUCGACCCCGUUGUGAGGAUAUCUCCGACUCUGGUUCUCUCCGAAACGAUAACCAUGAUGUUCCUACAUCCUUUUGGCAAGAUUGGCACAGCUUUUGGAGAAUUUCUAGCUGCUCUGAUAGAUCCAAUUCCGUUCGCCCACAAAUGGUACCUGGUUCCCCUGGUGUUAGUUCUAAUUUUUGUGACAUUUUUCCUCUCGUAUUUGGUGCUGAUUGGCGGAGUUAUUUCGUUCAAAUCGUUGCUGGGAAGUGUUGAGAUUGGACGCAGGGAGUCAAGAAAUGCGGGAGGUCUUCCCAGGUUGGAUAGUUUCAGACCUGCUAGGCAGAUGAUCGAGAAUGUGCCGAGAGAAGAAGUGGGAGGAGGAGGAUUGAGGAGGAUAGAGGGUGAGAGAGUAAGGGAGGAGGAGGGCGUUGAAAGAGGAAGAGGAGAUAGUGGAGGUAGAGGAAGAGGUGGAGAAAGAGAGGAGAAUUGGAGAGGUGGUGGAGGAGAAGGAGGAAGAGGAGGAGGAGGAGGAGGUGGAGAAAGAAGAUUGAGGCUAGAGGAAGGAAAAGAAAGAGAGUGGAAUGAAGGAGGAGGAGGAGGAGGAGGAGGAAGAGGAAGAGAAAGAGAGGAGAAUUGUGUAGGAGGAGGUGAAGAAAGAAGAUUGAAAGUACAGGAAGGAAGUGAAAGAGACGAGAAUAGGAGAGGAAGAGGAGGAGAAGGAAGAUUGAGAAGGAUAGAUGGUGAAAGAGAAAUGGAGGAGGAUAAUGGAGGAAGAAGAUUUGGACUACAGGAAGUAAGAGAAAGAGAGGGGAAUGAAGGAGGAGGUGAUAACCCUAGAGAAAGAGGCAAAACUGAGGAGAAUGUCGGAGAAAAGAGAGAUGAAGGAUGGUUGAGUGAAAUAAGGAGAAGGAUAGGAUGGGGAGGAAGAAGUGGGGAGAAUGAAGGAGAGGAAAGGAGAAGGAUAGAGAGAGGCGGAAGUGAUUGGAAUGAGAGAGAAGGUGGAAGAAAGGUUGAAACACAGGAGAGAGAAGUGGAAAGUAGAGGAGAGGAGAGGAGAUGGAUAGAGAGAGGCGGAAGUGAGUGGAAUGAGAGAGAAGGUGGAAGAAAGGUUGAAACACAGGAGAGAGAAGUGGAAAGUAGUGGAGGAAGAAGAAGACGAAUAGAGGAAGAGAAGGAUGGAGGAAGGAGGGUGGAAAGAGAGAGAGUAGGGGGAAGAGUCCUUGAUGAAGGGGGAAGUGGAGAUUCGCCCAAAGGGAGAGAAAGAGUGGGAGAUAGAUGGAGAGGAGGAGGAGAAGGAUGGAAUGAAGAAGAGAAUAGACAGGGAGAUGGAGGAACGUGUGAUAAAUGUGGAGGGGAAGGGAGAAUUAUGAGAAGGGAAGAAGAAGAGGGAGAAACUGUGAAGAAUGUUGGAGAGAAAGUAGGAAGAGGAGAGUGUGUAGAAGAAGAAGGAGGUCAAAAGGGAGGAGGUAAGAAUUGUGAAGUUGAAAGAAGACUUGAAGAAAGAGGAGAAGAUUUAGGUGAAGUGAGAUGUGUUGAAAAUCAAGCUGAAAAUAGUAAAAGUGUGGAAAAGAUACGUGAUAAAGUAGGUGGAAACUUGAAAAAGCCGAUGAAAGGAGAAAAUGAGGAGUCUGGAAGUAGCGCAAAGAAGAAUGUGGGAGAAGGAGAGCGAGAAAUAGAAGAAGAAGAGGAAGAGUUCAACAUGCACUUUUCGCCAAAAGCUUACAAAGAGUUGAAAACCAUCUAUAAACGGUUCAAAACCAUUGUGACCAGCAAUGAUCAAGAUGAUGAUGAUGAUGAUGAUGAUAGCGAAAAUGAUGCUCCAGAUAUUUCUGGUUUUGAAAAAUUGAAAAAAAGAACGAAAAGUUGAUUUAGAAGUGUUUGAAGAGACUAGAAAUGGCGGUACGAUUCAGUGAGUGAAAAAAAUGAAGAUGAUAACUGAGGACGAAGAAGAUAGAAAAAAGAAAAGGUGAUGAAGAAGCAGAAGAAGUAGUAGUAGUAGAAGAAG